AGUAGUAGUAGUACACUUAAUCACAGCAGCUUUGACCCCAUAACAUUUGUCCUGACUGGUAUCCCGGGCAUGGAGGAAUCUCACAUCUGGAUCUCUGUUCCCUUCUGCCUGAUGUAUGUGGCCGCAGUCCUCGGGAACUCUUUCCUCUUGCUCCUCAUUGCCACAGACCGCAGCCUCCACCAGCCCACGUGCCUCUUCCUGGCUAUGCUGUCUGUGGCAGACCUCAUGCUGUCCACCGCCACGGUGCCUGAGAUGCUGGCCAUCUUCUGGUUUGGCUCCAGGAAGAUCUCCUUCGAUGCCUGCAUUGCCCAGAUGUUCUUCACUCACUUCAGCUUCAUCGCGGAGUCCUCGAUCUUGCUCGCCAUGGCCUUUGACCGCUACGUGGCCAUUUGCUACCCACUGCGCUACAUGACCAUCCUCACGCCCUCGACGAUUGGGAAGGUGGCUGUGGCAGCCAUAGUGAGGGGGCUGUGUAUCAUGUUCCCACCCAUCUUCCUCCUUAAGAGGCUGCCCUACUGCGGCCACAGCACCAUGCCACACACCUACUGUGAGCACAUGGGCAUUGCCCGGCUGGCCUGUGCAGACAUAACAGUCAACGUCUGGUAUGGGUUCACAACAACCCUCCUGUCCUCAGGGGUGGACGUGGUUCUCAUUGCCGCGUCCUACAUCAUGAUCCUCCGGGCCGUCUUCCGGCUCCCAUCCAAGGAGGCUCGGCUCAAGGCUUUGCGCACCUGUGGCUCUCACGUCUCCGUCAUACUGAUGUUCUACAUGCCAGCCUUCUUCUCCUUCCUCACCCACCGCUUUGGCCACAACAUUCCUAGCUGCAUCCACAUCCUGCUGGCCAACCUCUACGUGGUCGUCCCCCCUAUGCUCAACCCCAUUGUCUAUGGGGUGAGAACAAAACAAAUCCGGCAACGAGUCAGACAUGUCUUCUCGCGGCCAGGGAGAACAUGCUGCUAA